AGACUAAGAGGUAGAAAAAAUGAAUAAAAUUAUUGGAGAAAAAAAGGAAUCUGAGAUCCUAAAUCCAAAUCCUCAGGAGAUUCUAGUCAUAGGAGCUGGUUUGCCCAGGACUGGGACCUUGUCCCUGAAGGUCGCCCUGACCCGGCUGUACAGUGCAAGAUGCUACCACAUGAUGGAGACCUUCAAGGGAUCCCAGGAGCAUGUUGAUCUUUGGUUGAAUGCAGCUGAUGGUAAAAACUCUGCUGAAGACUGGACAACAUUUUUUAAAAAAGAGGGAUAUAUAUCCGGAGUUGAUUAUCCCUUCUCCUUGUUCUGGAAGGAUCUGGUGACUGUGUAUCCUAAUGCUAAGGUUGUCCUGUCUACCCGUGAACCUGAGAAAUGGUAUACAUCUGUGUAUGAAUCUAUCUGGCAGGUUCAAUUAUUCAAAGAGAACUCAUGGACUGCUCAUCUUCUCUUUAAGAUGCUGGACAAAAAAAGACCAGUGAACUGGAUGGCUAAACUGAUGGAAACUAAGGGACCGGGCAUGGAUUUAUCAAUGCACGAGGCUAUCACUGCAGGACCGGAUACAGCCAAACAGUAUUUUAUAGAUUGGGAGGAGAAUGUUAAGGCCUCUAUCUCUGCCGAGAGAUUACUCGUUCACAGUGCAAAGGAGGGAUGGAAACCUCUUUGUGAUUUUCUUGGAUUUGAUAUUCCGGAUGAACCGUAUCCACGAGUCAACGAUACUGCUUCUAUACAGAAGGCUGUUCGAAUGAUUAAGUUGUUAAAUUUCGGAAUAUUCUACGUUGCUCCCGUUCUUGUAGGAGUAGCAGUCUAUUCAUGGCAGGAUUGUAUCUGGGCUGGGCUGGGCUUUCAUCUGUAAUAAACGACAUUUAACUCUCCGAGCCCAAAACGUAAGACAGGGCUCUGUUGUACUUUGUGAUCUAUGCAAGCAUCUUGUUUUUUUGUACUGUACUGUAGCGUACAUGGAUCAUGCAUGGAACACGUUGCAUUGUAUUGAGCUGAGUAACAUAAUGCAGGGUUACCCACACAGGAUAAGAAAUUAGAGACGACUAUACAGCAUUCAUACUGUCUUUUUCCUUAUACUAGUUUUGAUUCCCUGCAACUGUUAACUUUUUCUUUUAUUGUUAGAUCAUUUAAUGAAUCAUUAUAGUAUUAUAUUCAAUGCAGAAGAUUUAAUUUAACCUCAAAUGUCUUUACAGUCUCAUGCUUUCUGAUUAAUCCUGUAUUAGCUGAAUAUCAAGUCUUUACAGUCUCAUGCUUUCUGAUUAAUCCUGUAGUAGCUGAAUAUCAAGUCUUUACAGUCUCAUGCUUUCUGAU